AUGCCCUAUACACCAGGGUACGGCCGUGAGUACAGGGAGCGGCUACAUGGGCAGUGGGGAGUGGUGGACGUGGACGAUGCAUGCAGCUGUGUCGAGUAUCUGGUGCGUGCAGGGCUAGUGGAUGGUAAAAGGGUGGCCAUUGACGGGUCGUCAGCAGGCGGCUUCACCACUCUCUCGGCUCUCACAUUCCGCUCUACCUUCAAGGCUGGCUGCUCCCUAUACGGGAUUGGAGAUCUUGAGGCUCUGGCUCAGAUGAUGCACAAGUUUGAAAUGCACUACACCGAUACACUUGUUGCACCAUACAACACUCCCAAGGGGAAGCAGCUGUACAGGGGCCGUUCUCCGAUUAACCACGUCGACAAGCUUGCAUGCCCCUUGCUGAUGCUGCAGGGACUUAAAGACCAGGUUGUGAGUCCUGACCAGGCCCGGGCCAUGCACGCUGCAGUGAAGGCCAAGGGCCUGCCAGUGGCUAUUGUUGAGUUUCCAGAUGAAGACCACGGCUUCAGAAAUGCGGACAACAUCAAGGCAGCACUGGAGAUGGAGCAUGAGUUCUUCUGUCGUGUCCUGCUCAAUCUUCCUCUUCCAUCUGACAAAAAGAGGCUGGCGAUCGACAAUUUUGAUCAGGAAAUCUAG